AUGGGCUCUGUGGAGAAUGGUUCGACUAGAUAUAGAGCCCCUCAUCCUCACCUUGUUAAUGGCCUGAAGCAAAGGCGAAGUGGUUAUGAGCCAUCAGAUACAGAAACUGAUUGGCAAGACAGUCCAAUGGUUGAUCAGAAAAAUGGAGCUUUUGGUCCUGAGAGUCCAAUUCAGUUGGUUUUACCCAGAAAUAUCAGUCCUCUGAAGAACAGCUGGAGACAUUCUUCAAGAUUUGAUGAUAAUUCUCCAAAGAAGGACUCUGUCAACAGUCCGCUUCGAAGGAGGCACAGCAGCAAGUCACCCUUCAAGCCACGACGAGAUGAUGGUGGUGCUGAACCGAUCCCAAAUCAGAGAAAUACCGUUCCCCUGUUAAGACCUGAGUCAAGAAGACAAAUUUCCCCUUUCAGAGCUCAAAGAGAUGAAAGUGGUGCUGGUUCACCUACGUUGAGUCAGAGAAAUCUCGAUAACUCGUUAGAAUCUGAGUCAGGAAGACAAGUUUCUCCUUACAGGGCACAAAGAGAAGAUGGUGGUAUUGUUUCACCUAAAUCAAGCCAGAGACAUGUAAGUCCCUUGUCAAAACCAGACCAGAGAAGACAGGUUUCUCCUUACAAGGCACAAAGAGAAGGCCGUGCUGUUUCACCUAAAUCCAGUCGGAGAAAUGUUAGCCCCUUGUCAAAACCAGACCAGAGAAGACAACUUUCUCCUUACAAGGCACAAAGACAAGAUGGCGGUGCUGUUUCACCCAAAUCCAGUGAGAGAAAUGUUAGUCCCUUGUCAAAACCAGACAAGGGAAGACAUAUUUCUCCUUAUAAAUCUGGAAGAAAGGAGCAUGUUAUGCAUGAAAAUGGUGAGAUUGUAAGCUCGAACAGAAGGAAAAAUCAAAGAACGCCUACUGGAGAAGAAAGGAGCACUCACGCACAAUUCGGCAAAGACGGUAGAUUGAGUGAGAGACUGAAUGUUAGUCGUAGAAUGGCAGCUGCACCAAGACAAAGGUCCUGGGACAAGGAACAGGAAAACAGCCAGGGCCAUAAAGACCAAAAGGGGGAAGAAGCCCAUCACCUUUGUCAAGAAGCAUGA